CAGCUUCUACACAGACUUGAGCUUUGCUGGCCUGCAAGGUGCCGCCAGACUCCAGCUUCCUUCUCCUGCUUCAGACGAACACAGCUGCCCACCGGGAUCUGACACAGAUUUUUGUGAGUCCUUCAGGUGCAACUGGACUCUCGCUCUUUUCGGGUUGCAGGUCUGCCUUGGAAGGUGGUGUUUGGUGUCUUCCUGAGGGCCUUCACCCGGUUUCUUUCCCCGCUCAGGAUCUAAUGGCUCCUGCUGACCCUUCAGCGAAGAAGAGGAAGACGGGGGAUCAGGCUUCAGAGGAAGGAGCCAUCCACAUUCCCAAUCCUCACCUUGAGAAGAUAAAAGAGGACUUCCUGUAUCACUUUGCUCUUGGCACCGCUACCCACGACUUCCCUGCCUUAUUCGGAGACGUCAAAUUCGUAUGCGUCGGAGGAAGCCCCUCUCGGAUGAAGAACUUCAUCUCCUUCAUUGCGGAAGACCUGGGAAUCGGCAGCCCCGGUUCUGACCACCCCAAUAUCUGCGCCGGAACAGAUCGCUACGCCAUGUACAAAGUGGGCCCAGUGCUGUCGGUCAGUCAUGGAAUGGGGAUCCCUUCGAUUGCCAUCAUGUUGCAUGAACUGAUCAAGCUCCUUUAUUACGCCAAGUGCUCCAAUGUGAUCAUUGUCCGCAUCGGCACAUCAGGUGGAAUAGGUUUGGAGCCGGGGUCUGUAGUGAUCACCAGGCAGUCCGUGGACGCCACCUUCAAGCCUCAGUUAGAACAGGUUAUCCUGGGGAAGUCGGUCUUCCGCAGCACAGCCCUAGACAAGGAACUGGCUGAAGAGCUGAUGGAGUGUGGCAAGGAACUGAAGCAGUUCAACACCGUCACGGGGAACACGAUGUGCACCCUGGACUUCUACGAAGGCCAGGCCCGCCUGGAUGGUGCGAUCUGCUCGUACAGCGAAGAAGAGAAAAUGCAGUAUUUGAAAUCAGCUUAUGAGGCUGGAGUGAGGAAUAUCGAGAUGGAAUCGUCUGUUUUUGCGGCCCUGUGCAACCUCAGCGGCCUCAGAGGGGCUGUGGUGUGUGUCACACUUCUGAACCGGCUCGAAGGCGACCAGAUCACUACACCUCAUGAGGUCCUGAAGGAGUACCAGACGAGACCACAGAAGUUGGUGGGACACUUCAUCAAGAAGCAUCUUGGGAAACAGUGACGUUUCCCCCCCCUCCGUUUGUAUUGUCAGUAGAAGCCCAGCACUUCAUGAUGACCAUGGGAUUUAUAACUGUCGCCUCCAUAAUCUUCCAGAGCCAUAUGUUAUGAUUCAGACUCUCAAUUGUAUUCAUCUUUAAUGAGCUUACGAGCAUCAUUUCUCGUUCGUUAUGUCUUGCAAAACUGAUAUGCUGUUAACUGGGGAAAUUGCAGAUGAGUAGCCCUGUUCGUCUGUAGCAGCAAAAUAAAAUAGGAUGUCAGCGGUGCUUCAAGGGACUAACAUGAUUUAUUCCAACACAGUUUUAUGCUGGAAUAAAUUUGGUUAGUCGGUACAGUGCCGAUGGCCUCUGUUUUUUGUUUUGUUUUUUUUAUUAAUGGGGGAAAUGGUGAUGUUCUAUUAACAACAACAUGCCAGUGCAGCUGUUCCUGGCAACCAGAGAAUCAUUCCUGUCAUAGGCCCUGAUCCGAGGGAAGUAACCCAAGUCUCAUUCAUUUGUUCUUAAGAAUGCGUAUGCAAUCUGUCAGCUCCAUGGGACACUCAGGGAUGUUGUCAGUGCCUGAAAGCACAAUCAACACAAAGCCAUUUAGACAGCAGUAAUAAGAAUUGCUGGUAUAAAGUCGUAAAAAGCCCAG